AUGGCUAAGGCAAUUGCAAUGAAUAAAAAACUAAAUGGCGAUACAAACUUCAAAGCAAGUAUAGGAUGGCUUGAUAAGUUUAAAUUUUGUCACGGCAUUCGACAACUAGAUAUUAGUGGAAAGAAACUUAGUACGAAUUGCACAGUUGUUGCUAAAUUCAAGAAACAAUUCAAAUUUAAAAUACAAUCUCAAUUUAAACUCGCUAGAGAACAAGUUUAUAAUUGUGAUGAAACUGGGCUCAAUUGGAAAGCUUUACCACAAAAAAAACUGGCAUCAUUUACGGAAAAAACAGCUCCAAGUUUCAAGGUACAAAAAUAUCGGAUCACUGCUAUAAUCUGUGCAAAUGCAACCGGCAAUCAUAGAUUAUCUUUGCUGGUGAUAGGUAAAUCCAAAAAACCACGUCCAUUUAAAAAUUUAAAUUUAAAUUCAUUAUCUGUGAACUAUUAUGCACAAAAAAGUGCUUGGAUGGAUCAAACAAUAUUUACGAAUUGGUUUCAUAAAGUUUUAGUAUCACAAGUAAAAAUUCAUCUCGCCGAAAAGCAGUUGCUACAGAAACCGCUGCUGCUUAUGGAUAAUGCGCCAACACAUCCCUCUGGAGAACUGAAAAAUGACGAUAGCAAUAUAACAUGCCUCUUUUUCCCAGAAAAUACAACCCCUCUUCUCCAACCUAUGGACCAAGUUAUAAUUGAGAAUAUGAAGCGUCGGUACAGAAAAAGUUUAAUCGAAAGUGUGUUGUCAUCUGAGGAUGCUAUAGGCAUUAAAGAAUUUUGGAAAAAUUACAACAUAAAAGAUGCUAUUUUCAAUGUCGCCAAUGCAUGGGCUGAUCUGUCUGUACCAAACCUAAUGAAUGGCUGGAAUAAACUCUGGCCUGAAAUAACACCAUUCGAAUCUGAAGAAUUUGAUACUGUUAGUGUAGAAGGAAUUGUACAACUUUGUAAUGGACUGAAUAGUGAAAUAUUAUCAACUAAAGAAGUAUUGGAUUGGUUAGAAAAAGUUGAUGACGACGUCGAAGAUUCAGUGCUUGACUUAAAACCAUUAACUAGCCAUGCAGAAGUAGAAGCAAUGUUAUUAAAAUGCAUUGAUUGGUUUGAGGUACAAGAGGAGGCAAAUGCAACGCAGGUGUUACUUCUUCGUAAAAUACGAAACAUAGCCGCUCAAAAAGCUCGUGCCUCAAAAAAACAGAAGAAGAUGACGGAUUAUUUUGUUUAA